GCUUCUCCCUAUGUUCGCUUCUGAUUUUUUCUGAUUCCUGACAAAAAAACCGGUCAGUUUCCCAGAUCGAAACUGUCCAGGGUUUCCUCCGACUGGGUUCUUAGGAAGUUUAUGAAACAAACCAUUCAGAAAAUGUUGCAAUUUUAGGCUGUGCUUGUCUCCUCCAAUAUUCACAGCCUUGGGGUCUCUGCGAGACCGAUUUAGAGCUGAUUUUACAAGUGCAAAUGCAUAUUGAUGUUGUAUAUUCUUCAAAAUCCAUAUUCAAAAGCAAGGGAAAUGGAGGAUCUCUGUAAAGAGCUAGACGAAGUCAAAGCGGAGAUGGAGAAGCUAAAGGUAGAGUACCGACUUAAAAUAGAACAUUCUGAGAGCUUAAAAAGAGCCUAUGAUGAACAAUUGCUCAGUUACCAAGAAGCUAAGCGGCAGAUUGGGCAACAAGCCCAAGAACUAAAUGCCAAGUCCGAGGAGAUGUCUGAAGUGAUGCAAAUUCAAGAAGGUCUGAAAUCCAGUUUGCAUGAAAAGGAACUAUCUCUUAGGCAUUUGAGUUCCGUAAAUGAAAAAAUCAGAGCUGAUUGUGGGGAGAAAUCGCAAAAGUUGGAGGAACAAAAUAGAGAAUUGGUGUUACGUUUAGAUGAAGUGACGACCAGAAACAACGAAUUGGAGCAGAAUGUUUGUGCAAGUCAUAAGGAGAUCGAGGGCCUUAAAAGAACCUUGCUGGUUACAGAGAGGAAGUGUUUUGAAGCUGAACAGAAGGCUCAAACAGCCAAAGAACUGAGGCAGAGAGAUGACAUAAUACUUAAAUUGGAGGAUGAAAAUAGAGAUAUUUGGGAUAAGUUGAAAUGGAAGAAUGAGCAGUUUGAACAUCUUGAAGAAGCUCACAUAAAGCUCCAAGAUCAGUUCCAUUUGUGCAAGGAGGAGUGGGAGACAGAGAAAUCAAUAUUGCUUGAAGAGAUUUUGUCAUUGCAGACGAGUUUAGAUGCUCAAACUCGUGUCUUAGAAGGUCUUCGGACUCGUUUAGAAAUGUGCAACCAAGCCUUAGCUCACGAAGAAAGCAAGAGAAAAUUUCUGGAGGUUCAAGUAUCUGAAUUCCGGUCACAUUUUGAUGAUGUUUUCACCCAGUGUAAAGAAGAAACCUCGGAGAUCCAGAACUUGACCAUUCAGAGGGAUGAAGAGAUUGCAAGGCUGAGAAACUCACUUGGAAGAAAAGACACACUUACGAAAGAAACGGAAUUUCAAAUAGUUCGUCUCCAGCAAGAGAAUAAAGAACUCACAGAAUCUCUCAAAGAGCUUCCGGAUGCUCAAAUUAGGAAUGCGGGAGCCACUUCUUCACGGACAAAACUGCACAACAAGCUCAGAGGCUUGGAAGAGGUGCCUAGCAACUUUUCCAAAAAUCUGAAAAGAAAAGAACCGAAACUGAAUUUUCAGAUGGAAAGGUUGAGAACGGAUAUUAUUAGUUACAAAUUUGAACUGAGGUUGAAAGAAAAACAUAUAGACGAGCUUCAGAAGGAGCUCGAAAGUUUCCAUUCUGAAAUUGCGGUUUUGAAUGAAGAGAAUGCAAUGGUAUGGCUGGUUUUAAGAUCAGAAUUUUCAGAGGCUUUCACCGAAAAACUGAAAACUGAUAUGGAGCUACACGACAAAGAGAAGAAAGAAAAAAUUUCCACUCUUACAGGGCAGUUGGAAGUGAGUAAAUCUUGUCUUGAUGUUGGGGAAGAAAGUGAGGACUUGACGUCCUUAAGGAAGAGGGUCGUGUCCUUGGAAUUUAUGCAGGCUUCCAAGGAGGAUGAGCUUCAGCAACAUAAGAAAAUGCUUGAGGAAUCGUCUGAAUGUCAACUUCGCUUGAAAGAGCAAGUAAUGCUGAUGGAAAGUGCGCUACAAAAUGAGAAAAGGGAUGCUUUUGAGGCAUUAAAAAAGGUGAAUUUUGAAUUGGCUGAAAAAACUCGUGAAGCCAAGCAAUUAGAAUAUGAGUUACAGAAUUGGAAGUCUAGUGCUGAGCGCCUUAAAGCCUGCGUUGAUGAAAAUAAAGCUACCUGUAAACAAAUGAAGACUUCCCUUAUUGCACAAGCCAAGCUUGAACAAACGCUCACGACUGAGAAAGAAAGCCUUCUCGGCAUUUCCAAAGACCAAGAGAAAAUAAUUGAAGGUCUGCAGCAACAUAUUGUUUCUCUGGAAGCUAGAAUUGCAGUCAUGGCGGAGGAAGUGGAAGCUUUUGUUCAAGAGAAAGACAGCAUUCUCUUAAUUGCCAAAGAGAAGGAUAGUUUAAUAGAAAAUUUUCAGAAAGAUAUUACUUUCCUGAAUCAAGAGUGCCUGAGAAGAGAAGCAGAAGCUGCAGUUCUUGGAAGGCAGGCUGUAGAGAAAGCCUUUGAGCAAGAGAAAGAGAGGCUUAUGUAUAUCAUGAAUGAGAAAGACCAGAGCAUCAAAGAUCUCCAAGUACACGCUAUUUCAUUGGAACAAGAUCUGGAAAGUGCAGCGAUAUCCUAUUUCCGAGAGGUCAUAGAAAAGGAAGUUGAGAUUAAUGUUCUUGGUGAAGCUAUAAAGAAAAGUGAGUAUCUGACAAAGCUAGAGAUUGAAGAGAAGAACAAGGUAAUUGUCAAUUUAGAAAAAGAAGCCUGCAAUUUACAAAAGAUACUGGCAUGUGAGGAGGAAUCCUUGCUUCAUUCCAAACGGCAGGCAGAGCAGUAUCAAGCGUUACUGGAAGCUAACAAUUUUGAAACUCAAAAGUUAAUGGAUGAGCAGAAGAGUAUGGAGGGAUUAUUUAAGGAGCUUGACUUUGAAAAAGGGGUUCUUCUUCAGGAAACUAAGAAGUUAUUGGCAGAAAGGGGAGAUAUUUUAGCUUAUGUUGAGGAAAUAUCGGAUCGGAUUGUUGAAUUUUCUUCCGAGGAGCUGAAACUGAUGAAACUUUGGGGAAGAAUAUCGCAGAACUGCGAGGAAGAGACAGGAGGCACAACGGAUUCAAUGGCGCAUGGUGAGAACUAUUCUGAUUCUACAGGAGAGAAUGCAUACACAUAUUUUUAUGGCACAGCAAAGAAAUUUGAACCAGUUGAUGUACGAUCACCGCUGAAAGAAGUCAACCAUUGGUAGCUAUAAUCAGGUAAAAAUAUUAUGUCCUGAAGAAUAUGCCACCAAACAAAAAAAAAAAAAAAUCAUUUGUCUGUCACUUCUUUCAGAAUGUCAUCAUGCGUUAUGUGAUUUUUUUCCUUCUUGCUUACAUGUGUAGUAUCUUCCAGUGGCUUGUAAGAUGUGUACAAGCCAAUUGUCUUUUACAUGCAAUCUCAAAACUGAACUUAUUAAAGUUUAAAAUUGCGGUGCUUAAGAGGCCAUGCCGUGUUUGAAGCUCA